AUGGCCGGGAAGGACACAGGUGAGCACUUUGCAAUCAAAGAGGGAGAUAAUUCGGACAUAGCGGCUGCGGCGCCGUCCGUAGAUGAACAGGGCGCUAAGCCGAAACGUAGAGUAGCCCUCUCGCAAAAGGCUCAGCAGAACUACGAGCUCGAAAGAGAUGAGCAUCGUGCGAAACUAGAUAAAGCUUGGGAAGAAACAGCGCUCGAGCUGGAGAAGAUCUGUAUACCAGAGGCGUCGUAUCAAGAAGUCGGGAGACUGAGUACCUCCUACAAACGGUACAAGCUUCACGCUGAAAGGUUCUCCUCCUUCCUAACAAGGACGAAUGUAGAACAGAGUUUAACGGAACGAGACGUUCAGAAAGCAAUCGACAUGGAUCGGGACGAUCUUGUGCGAGGUAUAAUCACCGAAAUUGAACACCGUCUCGACGGCCAGCGAGAGACGGGCUCUCGGCGCUCCGAUGGUUCUGUUCAUUCGUCCUUGUCGUCACGACGUUCCACCCAUUCCAGUUUGGAUUCAUCAGUAAGCUCCGCAGCGACUAGAGCUAGAGCCGAUGCCGAAGCAGCUCGCGCUCUCACGUCUUACAGUCAACAGGAGACUGCCACGAAACUGGAGAAAGCUCGUAUAGAGGCCAACCUAGAAGCACUUCAAAGAGAGAAAGAAGCUGCUGUCGCGGAAGCGCAAGCCAAGGUUCUAGAGGCGGCACUUGAACAAUACGACCCACGGCUUACAGAAGUCAAAUUCGUCGACACGUCGGAAAGGACUAGGGAGUACGUUCUACGACACGGAGUACCCCAGAGCACGCACGCGUUUACGGGAGACAGUCAUCGAUGCCACACUGUACUUACUUCGCCGGGAGCUGUUACUACGGGCCUCUCGAAGUUCAGCGACCGUCCGGAAGACUAUAGGUCGUGGAAAUCGGCAUUUCGUAACGCUACUAAAGACCUUGGAAUAUCAGCCACAGAAGAGAUGGAUCUCCUGGUGAGGUGGCUGGGAACCGAAUCGUCCGUGUACGCUAGAAGGCUAAGAGCUGUACACAUCGGAAACCCGGAUAUGGGUCUUUGGGCGAUCUGGGAACGGUUAGAAGAGGCCUACGGUAGCCCGGAGGCAAUCGAAAACGCGCUAAUAGACAGGCUUGAAAGGUUUCCGAGGAUACUAGGUAGUGACCGCGAGAAACUGAGGGAGCUGGGAGAUUUACUCCAAGAACUCGAGUCAGCAAAGGCAGAUCCACACUUGCCUGGGCUCUCCUACCUGGACACGUCACGUGGGGUCAACCCCAUUGCAGCGAAACUUCCUCUACAUUUGCAAGAAAAAUGGAUCGCUCUAGGAUCGAAAUACAAGCGGGAACACCGUGUGUCUUUCCCACCAUUCUCUGUCUUCUCAGACUUCGUCCGAACCACGGCGAAGACAAAGAAUGAUCAAAGUUUCAUAAUCGGGCCCUCAAGCGAUAACACAGGCAAGAAGGACAAGACAUCCUCGUCGACAACGCAAUCCUCUAAGAAAUCGUCUGUAUCGGUGCACAGGACCGCGAUUGCCUCUCAAGAAGACAGCUCAGCGAGUCAAGUGGAAAGAACUCCAAAGAACCCGGAAGGAAUGUGCCCCUUGCACAAGAAGCCACAUAUACUUAGCAAGUGUAGGGCAUUCCGUCAGAAACCUCUCGCCGAGCGAAAGCGCUUGCUGUCAGAAUUCGGCGCAUGCUUCAAAUGCUGUGCGAUGACGCACAACGCGAAGAGCUGCGACUCAACGAUACAUUGCACUGAGUGCAAUAGCGACCACCACAUUACGGCACUUCAUCCAGAGAACGUUACCUCGCAAGCUCGACGCACCGUGGGAGUCCCGUCGGCUGAGGAAGACGUGUACCCAGAAGCUCAGCCAGAACAAGCAGUUCGGAUGUAUGCGGUCAUUGACGACCAAAGCAAUAAGUCAUUGGCCAGACCCGAAUUCUUCGAAUGCUUCAACAUUCACGGGUGCGAGUAUCCAUACACGCUAAGGACGUGCGCCGGGGUGGUUGAGACGUUGGGACGACGAGCUACCGGCUAUGUUGUUGAGGGCAUCGACAGUGGCAUACGUCUGCCUCUACCAACGUUGACGGAGUGCGACCAGAUUCCUAAUGACAGGAAUGAGAUUCCAACACCGGACGCUGCUCGCAGACAUCCUCAUCUCAAGGCACUGGCAAAUGUCAUUCCGCCACUCGACCCCAAUGCACAAAUCCUACUGCUCUUAGGAAGGGAUCUCGUUCAGGCGCACAAAGUGCGUCAGCAGCGCAACGGUCCCAACCACGCUCCUUUCGCCCAGAAGCUGGACCUCGGGUGGGUCAUAGUUGGGGACGUCUGUAUCGAACGAUUGCGCACUCCACAGGUCUGUACCUUCGCCACAACCGUGUUGCAAAACGGCCGUCCUUCCUACUUCACGCCCUGCCCCAACCACAUGAUUGUGAAAGAAAAGCCCUGCUUUGAGCAUUCUGCAAAAGAAGUCGUCCAGUCUCCCCCGCCGCUAAGCAACGACCUUACGGAUCCCCUAUUCCAGAUCACAAGAGAUGACGAGAAGCUUGCUCCGUCAAUGGAAGAUAAAGAAUUCCUGAGCUUGAUGGACGGAGAGUUCCACAGGGACACGUUAAACAACUGGGUAGCCCCUUUGCCUUUUCGUAUGCCCCGACGUGAACUCCCUGACAACCGAGAAGAGGCGUUUCCUCGGUUCGCUUCGUUACGUCGCACUCUGGAAAGGAAUGCGGAAAUGAAGAAGCACUUCGUUGCCUUCAUGCAGGAUAUGCUCGAAAAUGGCCACGCUGAGCCAGCACCGCCAAGAAAGGAAGCCAACGAAUAUUGGUACCUCCCCAGCUUCGGUAUUUACCACCCGCAGAAACCGGGCCAAAUCCGGGUAGUUUUCGAUUCAAGUACCAAGUACCAAGGUGUUUCGCUCAACGACUUGCUCCUUUCGGGACCGGACAUGACAAAUAGCCUGAUCGAAGACAGAGACUACCUGCGCUUCUUGUGGUUCCGAGACAACGACACCAGCAGAGAUGUCAUUGAAUACAGGAUGUGUGUACAUGCGUUUGGCAACACAUGCUCUCCCGCUAUCGCGACCUACGGCUUAAGGCGCACCGCACAGGAGGGAGAGCAGGACUUUGGUGCGGACGUUCGACACUUUAUCGAAAGAGACUUCUACGUCGACGACGGCCUCAAGUCCUUACCGACCGAAGAGGAGGCUAUUGAUUUACUCAAAAGGACACAACACAUGCUGAAAGGAGCAAACCUGCGGCUUCACAAGAUAGCCUCUAACUCUGUGGAGGUCAUGGGCGCCUUCCCAUCCGAUGACUACGCCAGGGGCCUUAAAGACAUGGACUUCGACAGAGGUCACGUACCGAUGCAACGGAGCCUUGGACUAAACUGGGACCUAAAGGGAGAUACGUUCACCUUCAAAGUGCCCGUAAAAUACCCCCCAAUACACGACGCGGCGUACUAUCCACUGUGA